AUUGUAAAUGUAUCGUUGUUUCUUGAUAUAAAAUUACAAUAUUUACAUUGAGCACAAUAAAAUAAGAGAAAAAAGAGUACCCAUUUCUUGCUGCUACUCGGCGACACGCGAAAAUGUCAAAAAUUAACUUGGGCAAAGAAAUCUAAACAGACGUAAAACAAACGUGAUUGAGACCGAUACGUUGCUGUUGUAGUUAUAAAUAAAUGCGGGCAGACAAUAUAAAUUUUAUCUAAAUAAAUAAAAAUAAGUUUAAUUCAUUAAAUCAAUUAAAGCGUUGUAUAUCUUUGUAAGAAAUUUUGAUGGAAAGCUUUUGGGUGCAAGGUAUCAUCGGCACACUUAAGGCCAUUACCCUUUUGGCCGAUAUCUUAACGCUGCCGGUCUAUUUGGUAUUACAAAGACCAUGGAAACGAAGGGAAGAGGCUAAAAGAGUGAAGGCAAAGGCUAUUACCACCGAUGAGACCUCAAUGACAUAUCGCACUAUUGAACCGCCACGGGAAGUCCAUGUAAAAAUGUUGCAGGCUAACAUUGAUACAUUGGAGAAGAUGUUUAACUACGUGGCGAAAACGCAUUCAACUAAACGCUGCUUGGGUACACGUCAGAUUCUAAGUGAAGAGGAUGAAGUACAACCCAAUGGACGCAUUUUCAAAAAGUACAAUAUGGGAGAAUAUAAGUGGAAAAAUUUUAUUGAAGUUGAACGUAUGGCAUCAUCUUUUGGACGUGGCUUGCGGGAAUGUGGUCAGGAACCUCAAAGAAAUAUAGUUCUUUUUGCUGAAACACGUGCUGAAUGGAUGAUUGCUGCUCAUGGUUGCUUUAAACAGUCAAUGCAUAUUGUAACUGUAUAUGCUACAUUAGGUGAUGAAGGAGUAGCUCAUUGUAUAAGUGAAACCGAAGUUACAACUGUAAUAACCUCACAUGAUCUGUUACCUAAAUUCAAAGUCUUGCUGGAGAAAUGCCCCAAUGUGGAUACAAUUAUAUAUAUGGAAGAUCAGUUACAUAAAACUGAUACAAGCGGUUUUAAAGAAGGCGUUAAAAUAAUACCAUUCUCACAAGUAGUACGCACGGGGCAAGAUAGCAAAUUUGAGAGUUUACCACCCAAAGGAGAUGAUAUUGCUAUUAUUAUGUACACUUCAGGAUCUACUGGUACACCUAAAGGCGUUUUACUUUCGCAUAAAAAUUUAAUAGCAACUAUGAAAGGAUUUUGCGAUGUCGUACCAAUUUUCCCAGAUGAUGUACUGAUUGGCUUUUUACCUUUGGCGCAUGUAUUUGAGCUUUUGGCAGAAAGUGUUUGCCUUAUGACUGGCGUACCAAUUGGUUAUUCCACACCAUUAACAUUAAUUGAUACAAGUAGUAAAAUUAUGCGUGGUAGUAAAGGAGAUGCCACCGUUUUGAAACCGACUUGCAUGACUUCAGUACCACUCAUUUUAGAUCGGAUAUCUAAAGGCAUUAACGAUAAAAUUAACUCUGGCUCAGCAUUCAAAAAGGCAUUGUUCAGAUUUCUGUAUCAGUACAAAUUAAAUUGGACUCAAAAAGGUUAUCUUACACCUUUAGUAGACAGGCUAGUUUUUCAUAAAGUAUCAAAAUUGCUUGGUGGUCGCGUACGAAUUAUUAUGUCUGGAGGAGCUCCACUAUCACCGGAUACACACGAGCAAAUUAAAAUAUGUUUGUGUGUAGAUUUAGUACAAGGCUAUGGUUUAACUGAAACGACAUCAGGAGCAACUGUUAUGGAUUAUCGUGAUUUGACAUACGGACGCACAGGUGCACCUUUGACAGUAUGUGAUAUACGCCUAGUUAAUUGGGAGGAAGGAAAUUAUCGAGUAACUAAUAAACCAUAUCCUCAAGGAGAAGUAUUGAUUGGUGGUGAUUGUGUGUCAUUGGGUUAUUACAAGUUACCUGGGAAAACAGCUGAAGAUUUCUUUGAAGAAGAUGGCAGACGUUGGUUCAAAACUGGAGAUGUUGGUGAAAUACAUCCCGACGGCGUACUUAAAAUUAUUGAUCGUAAAAAGGAUUUAGUUAAAUUACAAGCUGGAGAAUAUGUUUCACUUGGAAAAGUUGAGUCAGAAUUAAAAACUUGUCCAUAUAUUGAAAAUAUUUGCGUAUAUGGUGAUCCAUCAAAACAAUUUACUGUUGGAUUAGUAGUACCCAACCAGAAACAUUUAGAAGAACUAGCACAACGUCAUGGCCUAGAAAAUAAACAUUUCGAUGAGUUAUGUGCAUCACCAGUAUUGGAAAAAGCUAUGAUUAAAGAAAUUGCGGAACAUGCGAGAAAAUGUAAAUUACAAAAGUUUGAAGUACCUGCUGCUAUCACUUUAUGCAAAGAGGUUUGGUCUCCAGAUAUGGGCUUGGUAACAGCUGCCUUUAAACUUAAGCGCAAAGACAUACAAGACAAAUACCAACAUGAUAUAAAUCGCAUGUAUGCUUCAUGAAAAUUACCUUAUUAAGUUUCAAUAAUUAAAGCUUUGACUGACGCAAACUAAAAUUUUUUAAGCGUUGGAAUCCUACGAGGCAAAAAAUACGAAAGAAUUUCAAAGCAUAAUACUAAAUGUCCAUUUGUUUUUUAAAAUAGUUUGUGCUUUUAUUUGAUUGCGUUUA